ACUGAAAGUAAUAUUAUUCAGGAAAUAUGUUUGUUUUGAUUCCAACCACACUUCAGACCCGUCAGCUUCCUCCAGGAAUCCAGGGGAUCAAGCCUAAGGGGAGUCAACCGAACUUGGAGAUUAUGGAUCGAGAAUCCCAAGAUCCAGAUUCAGAUCCAGAUUCAAGAUCCCUUAUAUCUCGCCAUCCAGCUGGGGAUAGUAUACCUGUGAUGUAUGAGCAGGGUGAGACUGGUUUCCUCUGGUCCUGGAAUUUCAUGAUCUCGAAGAAAUGGAAGAAUAUGUCUGUUACUGGAGCUACCGGAGAUAUUGGAUUCAUGGACAAAGUUCUUCUUGAUUUCAGAAAAUUCUGCAGCAAUGAUGAUGGUAGACUUGAGCAGUUUUGGGAACAGUGUCUAGACUCUCAACAUCUUCAAGAUCUUCAACCAACUUAAAGAGAAUUAAACCUGACUUCAGCCUGAUUUCUGGCAAUAUGAUUAUGAUAUCAGAAUUGGAAAGAUUAUUUCUGACAAUAUGGUUUUGAUACGGUGGUAGGUAAGGCCUAUUAACCAGUAUAAUAAAGACGACAUCAGCUUUGCUUUCUAUCCAGCUUGCUUGUAUACAAAGGACAGCUGUGAAUAAAAAAGAGAAAAUAUUCUUUGUUUUUAGAUAUUAUUGUUUUAUAACAUAAAAUGGGAUAACUUUAAAUAUAAUGUAAUAUAGAAAUUUAGAUAUAUUUACUAGUUCCUAUUUUUGGGAUAUUUAACCCUGAUAUCACAUAGCGCUAUGCAGUACGUACUUUGAUAACAUGUGUACUGCAUGUGUUUUGAUGUUUAGUUAAUUUAGAAGCUUAUCAAUUAUAUUUAAAAAUAAAAUAUUACAUAUAUAGCAAAGAAUAUUUGCCUGUCAAAUUCACAGCUUCCCUUUGUUUACAUGCAAGCUGCACUAGAAUCACUGCAAACUAACCAGGAGAAGAAGGUCAGAUUCAAUUGACUUUACUUAUACAACUUUGUGACUCCGUUGCUCCUUUAGUUCUAAUUUUAUACACAAGUUAACUAAAAGCAAAUUUAUCCGGUUAAAUAUUAGAAAUUCAAAACA